UGGAGAGUGAGAGAAAGGUCCAAAGGCACGGCUAAGAAAACAAAACCGUGGACACCCUGUCCCCAAUUUGACAAGUCUUUGUCUCCUCCUUAACUCUCCUUCUCCUCUCUCUGUCUUAUUCCAGUUUGGUCUCAUCUCCUAGAAACGACGACGUUCACUCUUAUAAAAUUUUCCUUUCUUCUCCUCCUCUUAUCUCUACCCAACACCACUCAAUUUCAUUUCUCUUAUUCCCUUCCCUUGUUUAGUAUAAAACUAACAAGCCCUUAAUCGUUUUUUCAUCUUCAUCUUAAUCCACAUGCGUACACAUAUACUCAUAUAGUAUCUUCUUACAUAUGGCAAUUGUAUCCUCCACAACAAGCAUCACCACAAUGAGUAACCAAGUCGACAACAACAAUGAAAAAGAUAUAGAGGAGGAUACUCAUGGAGGCGCCCACGAGAGUCGUGUUCAAAAUGAUGAUGAAGCUGAUGAUCAUGAUCAUGACAUGGUCAUGCCUGGAUUCCGAUUCCAUCCCACCGAAGAAGAGCUUAUAGAGUUUUAUCUUCGCCGUAAAGUAGAAGGCAAACGCUUCAAUGUAGAACUCAUCACUUUCCUCGAUCUUUAUCGCUACGAUCCUUGGGAACUUCCAGCGAUGGCGGCGAUAGGAGAGAAAGAGUGGUACUUCUAUGUGCCAAGAGAUCGAAAGUAUAGAAAUGGAGAUAGACCAAACCGAGUAACGACUUCGGGGUAUUGGAAAGCCACCGGAGCUGAUCGGAUGAUCAGAUCGGAGACUUCUCGGCCGAUCGGCUUAAAGAAAACCCUAGUUUUCUACUCCGGUAAAGCCCCUAAAGGCACUCGUACCAGUUGGAUUAUGAAUGAGUAUCGUCUCCCUCACCAUGAAACCGAGAAAUACCAAAAGGCUGAGAUAUCAUUGUGCCGAGUGUACAAAAGGCCAGGAGUAGAAGAUCAUCCAUCCGUACCACGUUCUCUAUCUACAAGACAUCAUAACCAAAUCUCAUCAUCAACAUCAUCCCGCUUGGCCUUAAGACAACAACAGCAACACCACUCAUCUUCUUCUAAUCAUUCCGACAACAACCUUAACAACAACAACAACAACAACAACAACAACAUCAGCAACAAUCUCGACAAGCUCUCAACCGAAUAUUCCGGCGACGGUAGCACCACAACCACCACAAACAGUAAUUCUGACGUCACCAUAGCUCUAGCCAAUCAGAACAUUUAUCGUCCAAUGCCUUAUGGUGCAAGCAACACACCUAUAGUCUCUACAACUAAUCAAGAAGAUGAUGAGACCGCAAUUGUUGAUGAUCUUCAAAGACUCGUUAACUACCAAAUAUCUGAUGGAGUUAAUAUCAAUCACCAAUACUAUCAAAUCGCUCAACAGUUUCAUAAUCAACAACUAAGCGCAAACGCAAACGCGUUGCAAUUGGUGGCGGCGGCUACUACAGCGGCGCUAGCCCCUCAAACUCAGGCGGCGUUAGCCAUGAACAUGAUCCCUGCAGGGACGGUUCCAAACAAUGCCUUGUGGGAUAUGUGGAAUCCAGUAGUACCUGAUCAUGGAAACAAAGAUCAUUAUACUGAUUCUCCUUUCAAGUAAUCUAAUUAGAUCUUUCAAUGUUACCAAUUACUUAAAAAUGCUGCUUCAUUAUAUAUAUUUAUAUGUUCAUUGUAUUAUGAAACAAGUUACUUAUAGCUAUAGACUAUGAUUGGUUAUUGCAAUUUAUGUAAUGGAACUGAUUUUCUACAUAUAUCCAUUUUAUUAGUAUUAUA